AUGCUAAUCGACGAGGCUGCCGACGCGAGUAGUCACAUCUCCGGCAUGAAGUUGUAUCUCAUUGUGCUAAGUCUAUUGCUCGCUGUGUUCUGCGUGGCUCUCGAUAACACCAUCCUGUCCGUUGCCAUCCCUCGCAUCACGGAUGAAUUCCACCGGCUGAACGAUAUUGGAUGGUAUGCGUCCGCCUAUCUACUGACUACGUGUGCCUUCCAAUUACUAUAUGGCAAGUUAUAUGCCCUCUUCAGCACCAAAUGGGUCUUUCUCGUCGCCCUGGGUAUUUUCGAAGUGGGCUCUCUGAUCUGCGGCGUCGCACCGUCGUCCGUUGUUCUCAUCGUCGGCCGUGCCAUCGCGGGAGUGGGGAGCUCGGGGAUCUUUACAGGUGCUCUGGUCACCAUCGCGCAUAUUGUGCCCUUGGCCAAGCGACCAGUUUACAUGGGGCUCUUGGGGGGGAUGUACGGGAUUGCGUCAGUGGCAGGCCCUCUGUUGGGGGGCGCCUUCACGAACGAAGUGACCUGGCGAUGGUGCUUCUACAUCAAUCUUCCGGUCGGAGGGGUCACCGCUGUGGUUAUCCUGUUUCUUCUUCGGAUCCCCAAAUCGGCGGACCUGCGCACGCAUGGCGCCUGGGAGAUGUUGAAAGGCUUAGAUCCGUUAGGCACGAUUGUCUUCACCCCGUCCAUCAUCUGCGUUCUCCUGGCGCUCCAGUGGGGUGGGGUGGACUACGCUUGGUCGAAUGGACGCAUUAUCGCGCUGUUUGUCCUCUUCGGCGUGCUCCUCAUCACAUUUAUCAUCAUUCAGGUCCUCAUGAAGGAUAACGCCACCGUACCGAUUAAAGUAGCCUCUCAGCGAUCCGUAGCAUGCGCCUCCGUCUUCGUCUUCUUCAUCGGCGCCUCCAUGUUCGUGAUGAUCUACUAUGUGCCGAUCUGGUUCCAAGCCAUUCGUAACCAAUCACCCGUGCAGGCAGGCAUUGAUUCUAUUGCCUUGAUUUUGGCCAAUACCGCCGGUGCCAUCAUCUCUGGCGCCGUGACCAAUAAGACAGGGCACUACGCCCACUGGUUUAUUGUCAGUAGCGUGAUCAUGUCGAUUGGUGCCGGCUGCCUUACCCUCUUCACCGUGGAUAUUGCCCAAUCCAAAUGGAUCGGUUUUCUCUUCCUCUAUGGGAUCGGCGUCGGCUUCGGCUUUCAGCAAGGCGCCGUGGCCGUUCAGGCCGUGCUUCCCAUGGCGCAAGUCCCCAUCGGAACCGCACUAAUCUGGUUUGUGCAGAUGUUGGGCGGUGCGCUCUUCACCUCGGUAGCGCAAAACAUUUUCAGCACCCACCUAGCGGAGAACCUCGCGAACCUGCAGCUGCCAGGUCUCGAUCCAGAGGCAAUCUUCGUGCACAUAAGUUCACGUUCCGGAUCAUCGGAGACCCGUUCUCAUCUCCCUUCCUGCAAGGGAGCGCGAGGACCCCGAGCCUGCCCUGAAAAGGAACGAUGUUUAUUUCUUUUUAAUUCUUGUCAAACGGCUUCGGCGUUACCUCGUUCAACCGCGGGUCCCUUAUUUUGA